UUCUGUUGCUUGUUCCCUCUCUGACCUUCUCCAGAGCUGAUAUAUCUCCUGAAGAACAGAAUCCAAAUUUAAUCCUUUCAUGAUUAAAACAGAGUAAACAGCCCAUUUUGCCCAUUGAAGGCUAAGCUCAGCUGAAACGACAUCAGAAACGAGAGUUGCUGCUACAGCCUCACAGGAGAGACCGCCACUAAGGUUGGCCAAAGCAAGCUACAAAGGAGAGCUCUUGGCUACCAAAGAGAGUUCUCGUUUGAAGAUAAAGUCGAGGUAACCAAGAGCAACAAAGAAGUAGAUGUCAAUCUGCUGGCAAAUACACCCAAGGUCUCAGAAUUAAGGAAACGUUUUGAGAGUCUAAGCACAAACCAGAUUUGGGACAUGAACAGGAAAGAGCGAAUUGCACGGCGUCUGGAGGGUAUUGAAAGUGAAGUUCUCCAAAAUCUCCCAAGUUGUCCUGGUCUAGUGACCAAUCGGCUGCUAGAGGAGGACACUCCAAGAUACACCCGUGCAGCAGACACCUGCGACCCCUCCACAGUUGCUCUUCAGCACUAUGGCAUUACAGAUCCAAACUUCACAGAUCUGCACAAAGCAUACGUACAAUCCAGAAACCAUACCGUAUACUCAGAGUCUGCCUACAGUUCUGGCUCAACUCAUGUAGCAGAGCUGGACUCUAAAGCUGAACGGAUUGCCCGCUACAAGGCCGAACGUCGACGACAGCUAGCAGAUCGCUACGGUAUCUCUCUGGAUCAGGAGACUGAGACCGACUAUACCACUCGCUACUCCAGAACCUCUAGAGAGCCUGUUGGGUCAGACCGACAACACAGGAUAAAGGUGGAAGGGGAGGAGGUGGGGCAUAAUGUUUACACCUCUAGCCCUCCUGUAGAUAGGGCCAGCUCACACACUUGCACAGAUCAAGAGUACAGCCGAGAACGUACAGACUCCUUGUCUGAACGUGAGAGGAUGAUGAAUCUAGAGAACCAAAGGAGGGCACAGGAGAGGGAUAGAUCGCAUGGAGGUGGAGGGGUUGCACCAGACCCAUCUGCAGCAUAUAUGGAUGUGUCUGGGUCUGCCAUGGUCCCAGGGAGAGAACCAGGGAUGAUUGGGAUUCACAGCUCACCCAUUGGAGGCAGAAGUGCAGCAAUGCCAUCUCCCAAACAGGGAGCAUCUCCUGGUGAUCUGUUUAUUGAGCAGCAAGCUCAAAACAUCCUGCACAGACAUGGCUCCCAUAGCCAAUCAGCCAAUAAAUGGUCACUCCUGACUGAUUCAGAAGGAGACACCCUCUCUUCAAUCAACUGGCCUUCCAGAAUCCGAGUUAGGGAGAGAAUGGUCCGUGAAGAGCCUUUACCAAGGAGUCCAAAGAUGGGCUCCACAAAAGAGGGGCCUGCAAACAACCAAUUUCUGCAAUCAUACCCUCGAUAUCAUCCUCACACUCUGACACUCCCAGACGCUCCAGUCAAACAACGACUUACCAAUGCAAGGCAAGAGGAACGUCACGAUCCUGGGUACCAUAGCUACUUUUCUAUGGGCAGUGAACCUUUUUCAAGGCAUAAACAGGAGAAUGAGGAGCUUGCAGAAGUAGAGUGUAAGAGGGAGGGACAGCACGAUGUGAGGACGGAGGAUCUCCUGCGGAGCAGAAAGGCUGUUUUACCCUCUGAGAUUCUAUGGAAAAAGAACAGCUCAGAAGACCUACACCAUGGAUGUGCUGAGAGUGUGGAGGCAAGCCUGAGCAUCACUGGGCAUGGAAGGAAAGGUGUUGUAGAUGACCCCAGAGGGUUUUGUGGAGGUCGGUCAAGGCGUGAUGUGUACACGGAGCAUGUAUCCCGACUUCAGGCUGCAGAAGCUUUGCAUGCCAGAGCUAGAGAGGGCCAAAAGAGGGCUGAUGCUAUCCUCAGUCAUCGACAGUCUGGCUAUGCCCCAUUCCAAACCUCUACCCAAACCCCUGCUGCAUUCUCCAGUAGAAGAUGUGUUCCAGGUUCAUCUAAACCCCUCACUCAUUCAAUGUUUGAUGCUGGAAAUGUCCAAAUGACUGUUCCUCCACAGAACCUCAUCCAGGAGCCAAUCAGAGAGGCUGAUCUUCAGGAAAAAGUGCCCAAUAUGGAACACCUAUCACAUGACACCAGGGUUUCAGUGGCCCAGCUCCGCCACACCUACCUGGAAAGUGUUUCAAGCCCCCGGAAAACCGAACUGGCAGAGGGGUUGCCUGCAAUUACAGAAGUACCCUGGAGAAAUGAGAGAGGCAGAGAUCAGUCAUCUCGUCGCCCUCUGCGGUAUAUAUGUCCCUCUGAAAGUAGAAAGACUUCCGAGAGGUUUAGAACUCAGCCGAUCACAUCAGCUGAACGUGAACAUUCUGACCGGUCUUGUCGAAGCCCUGAACCACCGAGCCCAGAAGUGGAUGAAGAGAAGAUGGAUGAUAGAGCUAAACUGAGUGUGGCUGCCAAGCGCUCUCUCUUCAGGGAGCUAGAGAAGACCUCAGAUGGUUUGGCUGUGAAAACAUGUAGCCGUAACGCAGCAGUGGAGCGGAGACUGAGGAGAGGUCAUGAUCGCUCCCGCACUCAGCCUGUCACCUCAGAGGAAGUGGUCAUUGCUGCUUCUGUCCCUGGCCAUUUGUCACAUUCCGUGACUGUACAAUCUUCUAUAGCGCGUGUUCCUAGUCCCACUCUAAUCAACAGCUCUGUGACCAAGUACAGAUUGCAGGCAUCAUCUCAGCAGAGCUCCAUGGUGAGGGAUCAGGCCAGAGAAGUUCGGCUUGCCGAGGUAGCUGCUGAGAUGGAUCGAGCUUGCCAUGCAUCUACUAGUGAGAAUGGCCAAGAGGAGCCAGACCUUUCCACUCUCCCUCUGGCAGAGAAGAUGGCACUUUUUAACCGCCUGGCACAGCCGCCCAGCCAUGGCACUCGGGCCAGAGGAGACACUCGAGCACGCAGGAGUAACGCCCGCUACCAGACACAGCCAAUCACACUAGAAGAGGUUGAACAGGAUGGUUCUGAGAUGUUUGAUGAGGAAUCAGAGUUCUCGGAGAGUCUGAGUGAUCUCAAACAUCUGCAGCCUGCGGGUGAAGGCCAUUUUGCAUCAGCCUCUUCCUCUGCCCUUAGAUCCUCCACCGUUUCCACUGAACAUGCCGGUGACAUCCACCUGGCCACACCCAAUGUGUCUGGCCGUGCCUACUAUGAGCAGGCCCUUUCCCUACCGUGCCAGUCUCAACUGGCCCAAGAGUUCCAGCCACAUCAUGGACCAGACAAGACACCGUUUGCCCAACGCAUGGGGAAGAGAAAGCUCCCCUCUCCAGAGAGCGUGAAACAGACACCUCACGCUCAGCCAGUCAGAGAGUGGGAGGAGCAUAACGGGCACAAUAAGGAGCUGGUGACCUCUCAAGACCUUUCAGAAACAGAUGGAGAGCAUAAUUCCAAGGCAACCAUGUCAGAUCUUCCUUUGCACACAGUCGCAGUACGUGCAGCGGUAUCACAGGGCUCAUCCUCAUUACAGAACGCCUCUCUGACACAGCACACACACACAGAGACUACCAGACACAUCCCUGAGGACAAGAGAGAGCAGGAGACAGACUUUAAAACAGAGGAGGGAGACAAGCUCUCAGACAUCAUGUCUGCCAGACAGAUGUCCAUCAAAGAGAGGCUGGCUCUGUUGAAGAAGAGUGGAGAGGAAGACUGGAGAAACAGGAUAAAUAAAAAACAGGAUGUGGUGAAGGUCGCUGUUUCUGAAAAACAUGCUCAGCUAUGGGAAGUGGAGCAGAGCUUCAAGAAGAAGGAGGAUAGCAUGAUGAUGAUCGAUGACUUUGCUGUGUCUGAUCAACUCUGGGAUCCUGUUUUUUCCUCCUCCAUUUCGUGUGCUUCUGAACCGAUGGAUCAAAUAGCUAUCCUACCCCAGGCUACCCCCCUGCCCCUACAGGUGGAUGAGCGUCACCCCUGGAGACGGAAGAAGAAAGAAAGUCAUACGGGUUGGAACAACAUUAUGAAAAUGGGGAAUGAGGUGAUUGAGAGCCAGCAGAUUGAGAACAUAGAGAUGUCCAUUCACGAACGCAUGCAUCUGAUCACCACGCAAGAGGAUGCCUGGAAGGUCAAAGGGCAUGGUGCAGCCAACGACUCCACUCAGUUCACAGUGGCUGGCCGAAUGGUCAAGAAAGGUCUGGCAGCCUCCACUGUUCCCUCAAAUCCAGUGCUGUCCCCUCUGUCCUCUAAAAACAAGAAUGUCUCACAUGCCAUCACAAAGCCACAUGAAGAGAUUGAAGUCAGACAGGACAUGAAGCUGGAGUCGGAUAAGAAGCUGGAAAAGUUGGAGACAUUCCUUGGUCGGCUCCAUAGUAAAGUGUCAGGACUUCAGGAUACCACAAUUGCAGUCACCGAGAAGUCUGUUAAAGAGGUGAUGACCCUGGAUGAUGAGAUAUUUGAUAAGUUUUAUCGGCACACAGAUGAUAUGGCCAAGACCACUAGCAGUCUAGAAAUCAAUGAUGAUUUUGACACCAUCUUUGGAAAACAACUUCCCAGGUUGACCUCAGAGAUGGUGCAGCACAAGCGAGCAGUGCGGCCAACCAGGAAUGUUCAGUCAUCCAGGAACCCCCUGAAACUGCUGGCUGUUCGGGAGGACAUCCGGCAUGAGUACACAGAACAGAGACUUAACAUUGGUGUUUUGGAGAGCAAGAGGAUGAAACAGGAAAAGAUGAAUAAGAAAAGUGGUUUCUCUGAGGUUGCUCUCGCUGGAUUGGCCAGUAAGGAAAACUUCAGCAGUGUGAGUCUGCGAAGUGUGAACAUCACGGAGCAGAGCUCCAACAACAGUGCCAUGCCCUUCAAAAAACUCAUGCUUAUUCAGGUCAAAGGUCGUCGGCACAUCCAGACCAGACUCGUCGAGCCCAGAGCUUCCUCCUUGAACAGUGGUGAUUGCUUCCUCCUCAUCACACCCCAUCACUGCUUUAUAUGGAUUGGAGAAUUUGCAAAUGUUAUCGAGAAGGCCAAAGCUGCAGAGUUGGCCACAUUCAUUCAGACAAAGCAUGACCUGGGCUGCAGAGCCUCGUAUGUACAGACCAUUGAGGAAGGCGCCAACACUCACAGUCAUGCAGCCAAAGAGUUUUGGAAGAUUAUUGGCGGACAAGCCAGUUAUCAAUCCGCAGGCACUCCAGAAGAGGAUGAGUCCUAUGAGACUGCUGUAGUGGAGACCAACUGCAUCUACAGGCUUAUAGAGGAUAAACUUGUUCCUGAAGAUGACUACUGGGGUCGAGUACCCCGUUGCUCUAUGCUCAACUCUAAAGAAGUGUUAGUGCUUGAUUUUGGUAGCGAAUUGUAUGUGUGGCAUGGUAAGGAGGUGACGCUGGCACAGAGAAAAGUGGCUUUUCAGCUGGCAAAGCACUUGUGGAAUGGCACCUUUGACUACACAAACUGUGAUAUUAAUCCUCUGGACCCUGGAGAAUGUAACGCACGUAUACCCAGGAAAGGCCAGGGGCGGCCAGACUGGGCUGUGUUUGGCAGGUUAACUCAGCACAAUGAGACUACUCUUUUUAAAGAGAAAUUUUUGGACUGGAGUGAGGCCAAGAAUACAUCCAAGAAGAAUGGCCACUUACAUGCUGAUGAAAACAAGGAUUUUCGGAGUUGGGAAUGUAGGCCUUAUGAUGCAUCUCUGAUGUUGCCAAUGGUUCGGACAUCAGUAAAGACCAUUUUGGAUGGUGUAGACGUUGGACGAGGUUACGGAUUGGUGGAGGGGGAUGAGCGGCGGAAUUUUGAUAUCAGCACACUAUCUGUUGAUGUCUGGCAUAUUCUAGAGUUUGACUACAGUCGCCUACCCAAACUCAGCAUUGGUCAGUUCCAUGAAGGUGACACAUAUGUGGUUAAAUGGAAAUACAUGGUCAGCACAGCAGUUGGCAAGAGGCUGAAUUCGGAAAAGAUCAUCGGUCCAGGGAAGGAGAAGUGUUGUUAUUUCUUUUGGCAGGGUCGUAACUCCACAGUGAGUGAGAAGGGAACUUCAGCACUGAUGACUGUGGAGCUAGGCGAAGAGAGAGGAGCUCAGGUCCAGGUACAACAGGGAAAGGAGCCUCCAUGUUUCUUACAGUGCUUUAAUGGAGGAAUGAUUGUCCAUGCUGGCAAGAGAGAGGAGGAGGAAGAAAAUGCACAGAAUGACUGGCACUUAUACUGUGUCCGAGGUGAGAAACCGAUAGAGGGCCAUCUGCUGGAGGUGGUGUGCCACUGCAGCAGCCUGCGGUCUCGCACUUCUAUGAUCCUGCUGAACAUCCCUAAAGCCACCAUGUUCCUGUGGCACGGCUGCAAGUCGCAGAUGCACACACGUGAUGUGGGGGGGACCACUGCCAACAUGAUAAAAAAAAAGUGUCCUCUGGAGGCGGGGCUUCACAGCAGCAGUAAAGUAUCUAUUCAUGAGUGUGAUGAGGGAGCAGAACCGCAGGGUUUCUGGGAGGCCUUAGGAAGAAGAGAUCGAAAGGGUUAUGACUGCAUGCUGCAGGAUCCAGGAAAAUUCAACUUUACUCCACGGCUCUUCCAGCUAAGCAGUGCUUCAGGGGAGUUUGUGGCAAUGGAGUUAAUGUAUCUGUCCAGAGAACCAAAUAUGGUCAACUCAAUGCCUUUCCUACAAGAAGAUUUGUAUACAGCCACUCAGCCAGCCCUGUUUUUGGUGGAUAAUCACCAUGAAGUUUACCUAUGGCAGGGCUGGUGGCCUCAGGACAGUGAGAGCACAGGCUCAGCUCGCAUACGAUGGGACUCUGACAGGAAGUGUGCCAUGGAAACUGUGCUCCAAUAUUGCAAAGAAAAAAAUGAGAAGAAUCCUCCAAAAUCAUACUUGAUCCACCCAGGGCUAGAGCCUCUUACAUUCACUAACAUGUUUCCCAGCUGGGAACACCGAGAGGACAUCGCUGAGAUCACCGAAAAGGAAGCUGAAGUAUGCAAUCAGAUCAUUCUUGUUGAAGACGUCUUGACUAGACUUUGCAAGACCACUUACCCGUUGGCCGAUAUACAAGCACGUCCCCUACCAGAAGGCGUUGACCCCCUACGUCUUGAGAUCUACCUAUCAGAUGAUGACUUUGAGGGUGUAGGGGCUUCUGGGAAGAAAGCAUUAGAAAUGACAAGAAGUGAGUAUGAGAUGUUGCCAGGAUGGAAGCAAGUGAAUGUGAAGAAAGCCAAAGGAUUGUUUUAGAGGGACACACAUUUUAGAGUCCUCCCAAGAAGAACUUGACUGCAUUGGAACCGCUGAGGUUUAAUCUGCAAGUGGAGAACUUUUUCAUUCCUUUUAAUCCACACAGGAAAAAAACAGAAGACUAGACCUGUGUCAAACCACACAGGCAGGUCCAAAGGAGGAAGAAGAAAAAUACUGGCGGGGGUUUACCAGCCUCAUGCAGUGCAUUUCUUUCCCAUAUUCUUCUUUUUGUUUUCAGUUUCUUGGGUCUUGUUUUGAUGUUUUGUUUUUUUUUUGUUUUAUCAGUGAAUCAGCGAGAUCUGUUGGAUGUUUCAAGAGCUCCUCAGCUUGUUUCUUUCUACUUGAUUUAAUUUUUCAAUAUUGCUCUGUGUCGACAUGACAGAAGCCAUUCAGCUGUCCCUAAUACACAAUACAGUCCUCAUGCACUGCCUAGCUUUUUAUAUAGUGUAAAUACCCAAUAAAUGAAAAGCUUUUUAGUAUUAUGUGAAUUCAAGAAAGCUCAACUGUGUUCUUGACAUUAGGAGAGCCCUGGUGUCACAUUAUGUUAUUUAUGUUCUUCACUUUCAUACUUGCUCUACUAAAUGGCCUCUAAAGUGUUUAACCUUCCAGGUAGGUUUUUGAACUUUGAGAGGCCUGUGUGUGUUAAUGGGGAUGUUUGUGAACCUGUACAGUGUGAGAUAGUGUCUCUUCAAACUAUUUGGAUUGAAUGAAAUGGAAAAUGUUAAAUGUGGAAUAAGAAAGAAACUCUUUCUCUUCUGCAUUGUACAGUGCCUUGCCUUCAUGUACAGUUUAUAUAAAGAUAAAUACUAGUCUGCUUUUUGGAGACUUAUUUGUGAUAUAUAUAUUUGAGCAAAAUAAACACUGAAAAAUGUAGAUUAAAAAAUAGUUUGUCUGUUGCUUUGUUAUUAUUGCCUUAAUUGAUUUACUAACACUGAAAGCAUUACUUUUUAUUGAAUGGUUUCACUUUCACAUUUAAAUGGAUGGCGUAAAGACAUUUUAUGAAAUACAGUUUGAAUUUCACCGACAAUACGUAUAACCCCGAUUCCAAAAUACUGGGACCGUAUGCAAAAUGCCAAUAAAAAUAAAAAGGAGUGAUUUGUAAAUUAUAUUCACCCUGUGCUAUAUUGAAAGCAAUACAACAACAUUAUUUGAUAUUUUACCUUGUGAAUUUAAAGCUGAAGUUUUGAGUUGAACUUUCUCCUAUGCAACCUUAAUAUGCAGAGGCAACUAUGAGUAAGCCAGAAAAAACUGCUUGUCUCUGUGGCACUAUGAAAAUCCUCUGUUUUGAGCGACCGGUCUAUACAAACACAAUGACAUUGACUCAACCAAUGGUGUUAGUUGGGGCGGGACCAUCUCUUUGUUUGACCAAUAGCAGACGGCGGGCGUGUUUAGAAUAUUGUUUUAAAAGGCACUAGUGUUGUAGAAAUUACAUACUUGGCUUUAAAUGUUUUUCUUCUAAAUAUACACUCAUUUCAAAUGACAUGAUUGCAACACCAUAUAAAAAAGUUGGGACAGUCGAGUGUGUACCACAGUGUAACAUCACCAAUGUUUUCUAAUAACAGUUAAGCAUUUAUGCAAUGAAGAGACUAGAUUAAGUUUUGCAAGCCGAUUUUUUUAUUUUUUUUCCACCAUUUAUCCAUUAUGCUGGUCUUUAACUGCACAAUUGUAUGGGGCCAUUGUUUCCGUAUUUUAUGGUUAAUAAUGCACCACACAUUCUCAACUGGAGACUGGUAAGGACUUCAGGCAUGCCAGUCUAGCACCCGCAUUCUCUGCUUACACAGCUGUGCACUUUUUUAUUUUAUUUUUUUUACUGUUGGAAAAUACAGGGGCGUCUUUUGGACCUAACGCUUCUUUUUGGACCAGAGAACACGAUGAAGUGUGGACUUGUCAGACCACUAAACAUGAUUCCACUGUUCUACUUUCCAUCUCAGUGAGACUGAGCCCUGAGAAGUCUUUGGCUCUUCUGGACAGUGUUGAUGUAUUGCUUCUGCUUUGUAUAGUAAAGCCUUAACUUGCAUCUGUGGAUGUAGUGGUAAAUGGUAUUGACAAAGUUUUCCCAAGCCAAUGUCAUGAUAUCCAUUACAGAUAGUGACGUCUAUGGAUCGUGCCUUUACUCAAAGAGGUUUGACCAGAUUCCUUGAAUCUCUUAUCUACAGGGCUGGACUGGUUAUCUGGCAUAUCGGGCAUUUUCCCGGUGGGCCGUCACACUUUGGGGCUGAUCAGGGGCGGACUGGCCAUCGGGAGAACGGAGCAGACAGGUGGGUCAGCUGCGAAGGGGGCCGAAUGGGCCACAAUAAGCUAAAAUGAGCCAUUAUGCAGAAUGGACCACAAAACCUUGCUGAGAUAUGCAGAAAAGGACAGCGAACCCCCCAACAUUGGGAACAUUGUUCUCAAAGCACUGGACUGUUUGCUGAUGCAUCUGUUAGCAAACUGGCAAGCCUCGACCCCUCUAUGCACUUGGCCCGUUAUAUACUAUAACACGAUUGCUUCACCUGUUUAACAUCACCUUGUUAUUUCAACUCGUCAUAUUGUUAUUAUU